AUGUCAGGCGAUGGGGUAUUACGCCGAUCAGAAAAAGGCCCAUCGCCUUCUCGACUGGUCAGUUGAUUAUGUUGAGAAACGUAUCAUGGUCUAAUUUUUAAGAGCAGUGUCUCGAACGAAACAACAUACGAGGCGCCAUGGGAAUCGCUACCAGGAUUUUCCGUUCAAGACCAUGCUCCCCCUUCUUUUUUCCCAAAUGGUUUAUUUUUCAUUUUUCAAUCAAUAGAAAAAUUAUUUUCGUCUAGCGCCCAAUCAGAUCGCCCUUCGGGAAGCUACUGAACCUCCUAUCAAAAAAGCGCCACUAAAUCAAGUAAAUCUUGACAGAAAAAUCGUUUAAUUUUUAUGACUUUCAGGGAAAAGAACAAAUAAAGUCUCCACAUUCAAAAAAGGGCAAAACUCCUAAAAAGAAGCGAUCGAAAGGAAGACAAUCUCUGGAAUCGGUUUGUAAGAAGAGAAAAGCUGUAAUGAUUUUUGACCAUUUUUUUCCGUGAGGUCCUUGAAAGCUUUGUAAAAUUCCAAAAAAAAAUUGAUCUGGGUUUGACAGAACCAAAAUUGUAUCUGUUUUUGCAAAGUAUUUUUCGUUUCAGAUGGAGCCAGAGAGAUCAAGGCCUAGAAUUAAUUUUGUAGAGCGAGCACGAAAUUCGUUGCGACAAGCGAAACAGGUGAGCUUUUAUAUUGCGUUCCGCGCGAGACAGUUACGUUCAAAAGGAUAACUCCUCUUUUGACAGAGAAGCUACUGUAAAUACAAACUUUUGCUCUACAAAACUACUAAAAAGAGAGCAACAAACAAAGGUAUUGAAGAGAAGCGAGAUCGAACUUGAUUUAAUUUGGUAUACGGUUUUUUGACAAGAAAAGCACGAAAUAGGCUUUACCUCUCUGAGCUACUGUUUAUUGAAACUUUGAGGAUUUUUUCGAAUGUUAUAGUCGCUUUGAAACUUACAUGAAGGGGCUUUUCUGACAUUUCAAAUCUUGGUUUCCUUUUUAAUGACGUUUUCAAAUUUAUUUACGUGUUCAAAGUCAUCUCUGACUCUCUAAAAAUUUAGUUAUCUUUUCACUUUCUUCUUUCAAUUUUACGAAAUCACUUUGAACACGGAAUUUUUUUAAAUCAUUGUUUUCCUUGCUUUUAAAAAUUCGCUCAAUAUUUUGAAAAGUGAACAGAAUGUCUUUAUAGGCUCUGAAAACUUCUUCACCAACUUCAUCAACGGAUAUUCCUCUUUCUGGUGUAGCGAUGUUUGACAAAGGCCAGUUCGAGAAUAAAACUACCAAGAAAAGCGCCUCAAUAUCGCCUGAAUCGAACAAAAGUCCUCUUGUCAAGGCGGUCAAGCGACUUGGGGCGACAAACUCCCCAGUCCCGAUGCAAGCUGAGGACAAGGCCAAAAAGUUUGUUUGAGGAUUGUCCGCUAAUUUUAACAUUUCUUUUUCAUCGUUGUAGAACUCUAUAUAACUUUUUUAAUUUGUAGAAUAUAAUUAAUUACGAUAGAAAUAUAGUAAGAAAGCGCUGUAAUAUCAGUUGAACGCGGCGAAAAAAAAUAUUAAAUCUAUGAACUUCAAAAAACGUUUUCAUGAGCGUGAUGAGCUCAGUUUUAUAGAAAUAGAAAAAAAUCUGAUUUGAGACAGAAUAUCUUAGUUUGAGAGGAAUAUGUGAGUUUGAAAAAAAAACGAAAAAACAAAGGAAGAAAUAAAAAGAAAGAAAAAAUCUUUCAUUGAAUUAACCUUGCGAAAGAGAAAAAACUUCUUCGAUCUUCGAAAACCAACUAAUUUUUCAAGGUAUCGGUCAAUGGGCAUGAAGUUCAAGCAGAGCUACCUGAGCAUGACCGUGCAGCGAAUGCAUCAAGACCGUCAGAAACAGUUCUUGGUUGUUCCUCCAAGCGUUCGUUCUCCGGCAGGAACCGCCUGGGUCGGCCCGACCGUUUCUAUCUCAAAGUUAGCUUUAAUUUUUUUUUAUAACGUGUUAUAAUUAACUUCGGUAAUUUAAGAAUUGACGUUUUAAAAUGACUAUAUGAGUUACGAAGAAUUGGAACUUCAAGAGUUGUUGGAAUUAUUAGGUCAUACAAUGAGGUGGCGAAUUUGAAACUUGGGUCGAAAAAUGGCCAAUAAUUUCAAAAUUUGGAAUUUCGCGCUCAGAAGACGCCAUAUCGUUUUAAAACCGAAUUUUUAUCUCCCGAACUUUCGAUUUUGCGGAAACGUUUUCAUCUCAAAAGCAAGUGAAUUUCAAAGUCUUUAAAAUUUGAAAAGUUUUAUAAAAGCGUAGAGUUGUCCUCAGUGUGUUAAUUCAGCUCAAGAGCUUCUAAUAAGUCAAAAAAUAUUUUUCAAAAGACGAUUUUCCUCUUUAUUUAGCCACGUAACCCAUUUUUUAAGCAAUCCCAACGACGAAAAAACAUCGUGUGAGCCGUCCUGUUCCACUCCGAAGGUAAUUCUGAAUACUAGAGUUUUACCUGAAACUCUUAUUUAUCAGACGACAAGGGCCCCGAAAAACAUGUAUUCGAGUCCUUCUUCCUCGAAAUACGUCACUCCUCCGCGAGGAUUCCGUAUUCAUUCCAAUGACGUCACCAUGCUCACCGCAGCUUCUCAAAUCCAUUCUCCAUCGUUGAAUGUUCCAAAAUUAGGUUUGUUUUAAAGUAAUUUGUGCGAUUUGGGAGAAGUUACUGUAUUUUGGGGUCCUCACAACGCCCACGCCCCCCACAUUCUUCACCUAAGAGGGAAAAAUAAGAAAAUUUACUUCGAAAAGAUCCCUAACCCGGCCUUGACUUUAGUGUCAUUUUCAUAUUGACAAUUUUUCAGAAUUCCCGAUUUCCAUGCCCCAAGGAGAGGCCAAACCGAAAAUCCACAGCGCUGCUCCGUCCAGUCUCUCGUUGUCUUCCAAAGAAUCAUUUUCAAACUCGACGAGAAGGACUUCUCCGGACUCUGGAAUAGUGAAGACUGAGCCAGAAGAUGACUUCUCGAUCCAUUCUUCUUCGCCUGAAAGAUCUGUAUCGACUGUUCCUUCGGAUAUCCUUUCUUCCCCACCCACAAGUAGAAAAUUGGUAUUUUUAAAAAUCGAAAAUGAAGUUACUGAAAAAUAUUAAGAGCGUCGUGUCGAGUUCCAUCAAUGAUCUGCCUAACCUGGGCCCGAGAACACAGUCUUAUCAGCCAAAUGAGAAGGACAUGGCGGUAAAAAUUUGUUAAGAAGUCCUGAAAAAUUAUGGAUUUUCAGGAACUUUGGGAACUUUCGGUUCAAGAGAAAAAACACGAGGAAAUGGUCGCAGAUCUGCGCCCUAAAUUCAUGCAUGUUCGUCUUUUUUUAAACAUAGGCAAAAUGGGAAAGGUCGAAAAAGGCUCCAUAGAAAUGUUCCUUUUAGGGUGACAAAGGUUCCCGUUUGCUGCCUUUUUGGGCCAUUUCAUCGACUCUUAUGCACCAUUUUUGCUGCCUCUCCCUUCUUCCAUUAUUUCUUGAGCAAAAUCUCAGAAAAAAAUGGCUCGAUAAAAGGACUCUUUUUGCUGCCUUUCUGCGGCCUUUUUCAAGCCUUUCCCCCUUCACGGCCAUUAUUCAAAAUUCAUAUUCAAAGAAACAAAACUUUCUCCAGUUUGGUUCGACUUUGCGUGCGUUGGAAGCUCGAAAAGAGCAACUGAUGAGCACGAAAAAAGAGAGAGAUCAAGGUGGAAACAGCUCUAAUCCUUCCGUUCAGGAGGUUUUUUAUUACCAAAAUAAAGAAAUAAAGAUUUUUUUCUUGACAGAUGGCCGAACUCUGGAACAUUUCUUCCCAAGAAGUUCAAUUCAGAAGAGACUUCGUCACCGUCAGUCAACAACUGCAGAAGGUUCGUUUCGUUUGUGAAAGUUUAUUGAAAAAAAUAUAAAAAAAUAUUCUCAUUAACCUGAAAAAUUUUCAUCGUCUCCUUGUUAGUCUUUAAAAAAACUGUUUAGCGUUUUUUUAUAAUGUACUUUGUUUAUGAAAGCUCAUUCUCAAAGGUCAAAGUAAAAAAAUAAAAUUUAAAAAAAGAAACAUUAUUAACCUGAACUCGUAACCUUGUGUCUUGAGGAACUUUUUCAGCCCCUUUGUUUUAGUUUUCUUAUGGAGAUUGAUUGGUAUAAUUAUUCCAUGUUCAAAGUGAUCUCCGCGAAGUUUAAAAACGUCUCUGACUCUGGUUAUCUUAUUUACUCUCUCUGGAGGCUUGUUUGAAUUUUCUGGUAUCAAUUGGAACACGGCAUUAAAAAAGAUUCGAAAAAAACUAUUAUUUAUUUAAAAAAACAUCUUUGUAUAAAUUUUAAGUUCAACCGUUUGCGUCGAAGGAAGUUUUUUUCAAAGCUUUUUGCGCUGUUUUAUUUUUUUCCUCCAAAUUAAUCCAUGAAUCCCCAAUAAAUUUAGCGUCUUUGAAAACCUUUCUUCCAGCCUUCAUAAAAAUUUCCAGCUCUUUUUUUGCAAUCACGUUAUUUCAUUUGAAAAAUAAUUAAAUGAAAAUACACGCCGAAAAAGGACUUUUUUUUUCGCUUUUUUCUUUUUUCUCAGUUCAUUGAGUUUAUUUCGAAAGAUUGUAUUAAGAUCGCAAUGAAAAAUCCUCGAAUGCUUGAAAAUAGAGCAAACUUUUUUGCCUUUUUUCGACCAAUUUUUUCUGUACUUGUUAGUCAAUUCGGUUAAAAAAGGCUCAAAAGUAGAAUAAAAGGCAAAGAAGACAUUUUUCCUGAUAUUAGAGUUUUUUUUUUGAAGAACUACUAGGUAUCCUUCAACGGCCAAAAUCACUUUAAAUAGCGCUAAAUCUUUGAUUUUAUGAAAAAAGUAACCCCCUUCUUUAUUUUUGUAGUAGAACCUAGCGAGAAUAGAUUUGAACUUCGAAUUUCAGGUUGAAAACGAGUUCCAAAGAAUCCGUACGAGAAAGGCAGAGCUCCUGAGAGCCGAGCCCUCGUCUUUCUUCUCUUCACAGUUGGCUCUAACUUCCCCUAGUCCGUAUCAAUGAAAAGAAUUUCUAUCCCCAUCAUUGGAUUCAUGAUAAAUAGCGUCCGUUUUAUUUUUCAUUUAUCUUCUGUCUUUUUCUGUUUUCAAAAAGAAACCAGUUGAAUUCAACUUCCCAAUGCAUCUCAGUAGUCAAAUUCCCUUCAAAACUUCGAUCUGUACCUUCUGUGAAAAUUGUACCAUUCUUUCCUUUCUUCAAAGGUUCCUUCAUAUAUCACCUCACAAAUUCGUUGUCAUUGAACUCUUUCCUGAUGAUGCUCUGUUUCUUUUCCCCCUCCCUGUAAUGUUUCGUGAAAUCUACUUCAUGUCCUGCCUUGGAGUUACGUGUUCCCCGUUUGGAUUUUUAUUUGUAUUGCGACAUAAAUUUCAAUUUUUUUUUUCGAUGGGUAAAGUCGAAGAUAAUGUAGUGUUCAAUCGAUACUUGUUUGAAAAGAUUUGAAGUGUGAUGUGGAUUUUCUUUUUUUCAUGAGAUUAUAGCCUGUUUGAGUGUGGCGUGUUGACAGAUUAAACAAAUAAUGGCAUGGUACGAUCUCCACAAUAAUCAUUGUUCCUUGGCGAACGUCUACGCUCUAAUACGAUUAGAGUAGUUUGGCCUGACAAAGUUGGUACAUUGUUGCGACCUUUGGAAGCUUCUCUUUAGCCUGGUUUUAUCAUAUUUGAACUCAAAAAGUAUGAACUUUUGACCUCUUUUUGAAAACGCUUUCUCUGUGAAUUUCGUAUUUUUGUUAUUAGUAUCUUCAUUGAAGCUUUCUAGAUGUUAAAAAAGUUGAUUUUAACUUCGAGAAGAAUUUUAAAAAUGUUAUUCGAGAUUUUUCAAAAUUUUGCCUUUGCUCUUCUGCUCUGCUCUAGCCUCUGCUCUAAAAACGCCAGACUUUAGGGCACCCACCGGGUGUUCCCUAGAGAGGCAACUUCAGGGCCUCUUGAAAAUCUCCUCUCUAGGGGCCACUUUUCUCCCCCUGUAGGAAGCGGUAAAACUUUCAAAAGUGACCCCUAUAGGGUGCCUGCUGGUCGGUCAUCGUUACGAACCCAUGAGAAGAAGAAAAAUAUCACCAGCGGAUCCUAAACCCCUAUAGGGAACACCUAAGUUUCACCCCUAAAAGGAGCAAUUUUUUGGUCUCCACCGUUUUUCUCACCUAACUUCUUUAGGGACCACUCUGGAGUUCCUAGGUAAAGCUGUUAGAAAUGGAUUUAGUCUCAAAAUCUUCAUUGCGGAAUUAUUUUGAAGUAUAUUCACUAAUUCUUACCGGAAAAUUUCAUUUUUUUUUUUUUGGAAGUCGACGGUUCAAAUUCUUGGUCCUAAAGAGAAGAAUUUGCAAAAAAAAAUUCUACAAGUUAAUUCUGAAUGUACUAUGAUGACAAGUUGUUUCUUUAUAUUACCGUGAGCCUAUGAAAGCUAUGCUCUACUUCAUCUCUGAUUUGAGACCCAGAUAAAAAAAGGUAAUACGGUAGAUUCUUAUCUUUGCUCUUCAUUUUGCUUUUCAAAAAACAUACGGAAAGUUUCCAUUUUCCUUUUAACAGUUACUAGAGUAAGAUGUGAAUUCUUCACACCUAAAUCGUUCUUUUGAAGUGCCACUUGAACUUGAAGUACAGUGAAAGGUGUUAAGAUGAACUAUUUUUUUCUGAAAGUUUUCAAGAACUUUUUUCCCGAAAUUGUCGCAUGUGAUACUCGAUGAUUUUCUUCCGGUUUUCAAUUAGAAGUUGAUUUUUUUCCCGUCGAAAGGAAUAAUAAAAGAAAAUAAUCAGCGAGGUACAAAGAACGCCGAAUGUUUGUUGAUGGUAACAAGAUGUUUGUAGUUGUGUCGUGUUUUCCACCUUUUAUUCACUUUUUUGGGUUUAUUUUUCUUUCUUUUUAGUAGCUCUACAUUUAAUGUUCUUCUUUGCUCCUUCAUUGAUUAAAUUCUGAAAUAAAAGCUGUUUUUUGAGCUCAUUUCGAAGUAUCGCCGAUAAUUAAAUUUAAAGGCGCGUUAAAUAAGAGAAAAGAAACAUUUUUUCCAACUGGAAAAAAACUUCAAAACGAGAAAAGUAUACUGCUUCUUCAAAUUCAUAAAAAGUCUGAGACUUUGAAUUUUCAAUUAAACGUGCCAUUAAAAAGAAGAAGUGAAAAUUUUUUAGUCGGUUUGGUACUUUUCAUAAAUACUUUCUUCCAGGGAGCAUUUUUGAGACCUCAUUUUUUUCAUGACACUAAAUCUUUAAACCUUCCUUUGAACUUUGUCCUUUUCAACGGUUUUCUGGGUAUUCAUUUCGGGUUUCUCGAUUUUUCGCUUACCGUCCCCGCCCAUCCAUUUCUUCGGUUCUAACCUUUCCAACCACAAUAACUUUUAUCUCGUUUUUCGAUCUUUCUACGCCUUCGCAUUUCUCUCCCCAUAGUUUCUUCUUUUCACAGAACACUUGGCGGAUCUGAGCCGUCAGAAGAAGGGCUUCUCUUCUCGUCCGACAUCAUGUCUUUCGUCCAUCCCAGAGGUAGGCAUUCCCAUUGGCAUGCUCUUUCCCUUUAAUUACCUUCUCCGGCAGUUAACCUUUCCAAUCACUUAUCAGUGCCAUUUAUGCAAACAAUAAAUACACAUAGUUUGCGAGCUGUUAAAAAGAUUUCUUCUGAUUAUAUCCUCUUUUUACUGGGACAUGGGGUGGUGAUAGUUUCCAUUGAUUUGCUCAGUAAAUUCAGCUUUUCAUGCCUUCUAUGCUAAUAAGUUAUCCAUUGUUGUUAUUUUUUUCUUUUUUUUUUUUUUAUUUUCCGGUCGACCCGCGAACACGCUAAAAAGCUUUUCUUUGCUCUGUUUCGUUUCCAUGGAGUUUUUCUCAAGCCUUGUUUUUUUUUUUGUUUCAGUUUCACACAGUGUAGAGAUACUUCUCGUAACGACGUUUUUUUAACAGGAAAUUUUGAAAUUUUCUUUUUAAUUCCGUUUUCAACCUCGAAAAUGAGUUUUUUCUUAUCAACCUCGGGUUAACCAACAUCAUUUAUCAAUAUAAUUUCAUAGUCACUAUAUCUUUCAUAGUUUUUACUGAGUUAUAUUUUCCAUUUCUCUACUAUGAAUAUCGAUCGGAAGUUUUUCAAGUUCUAAAAAUGUUUCAAAAAUCAAAUUACACUCGGAAAAAUUCCUUUUAUUCAAGGGAAAACCCAGGGCGUUUCUAAGAACUCCUAGUGACUACUUUAGUGGCCUCGCCACCCCCAAGUGGUCACUAGAAAGGCAAAAACGUCCGGGGCGGGUCUGGUUUCCUUUACCGAGGUUCAAGCUUUUUUCUUUCUCUUUGAGUUUUGUGAGGAACCAUAGUAAUAGGUAAGUUUUUACUCGAGUAUCAUGAUGACCAAAUAAACUCAAGAGUUUUAUUAAAUGUUGUGAAUAACGUUAGUUAGUCUUGUAAGGAGGAACCAAAUAUAUGAAAAUUCAGAAGUUUUGAAUAGCCCGUCUUCUGUAAACGGCUUACACAUGAACGGUCAAGACUCACUGGUGCAGCCAUUGCUCACCGAUCUUUAUCAGGUAAAAGCUCAAAUCGAUCGGAUGAUAUAAAUAAUGUGCUCAGCUCACCAUGUGCUACGCGUACUGGAAAACCGGCACCCACAAUGAGCCGGCCGUUUUCGACUUGUUCUUCCGCAAAAAUCCAUUCCAAGUCUUUUUCAAUACUAGAAAAAGAAGUUACUUUGAAAUUCAGGGCGAGUUCACAAUAUUCGCGGGACUGGAAGACUGUCUGCGUUUCGUCGAAAACUUCAAAUUCAGUGCCAGCGGUUUUUCUUUCCUCUGUACCAUUUGAAGAAUGUUUCCUUCAGAUAUCAAGUACUUGAAGACGAUCUUCCCCAAAACGACGGACGUUUGUUUCUUCGACUACCUGGAAUCUCUUGAUGGAAGUCAACUACGGAUCGACGCGAUUCGCGAAGGCAAAUCGUGUUUUCCAAGUCCUUCAUCAGCUCGACGUCUUCAGGCUCCGUCGUCUUCCCUAAAGUCCCGCUUCUGACGGUCGAAGGGCCGUUGGCCGUCUGCCAGCUUCUGGAAACGACUUUUCUCAAUUUGAUCAAUUAUGCCAGCCUUGUGGCUACAAAUGCGGCCAGGUUCCGACAGGUAUGUGAAGAAUUAUUGAUGGAAAAGUCUUGCUGAAGCUUUUUUUACAAGGCCUGAACUUUAAGAAUGAUUUUAUUUCGUUUCAAGAUUCAGAAAAAAAAAUAGCCAUAUUUGGAAAGUUUCGUUGAAUCCAUUUAUUCAGCUUUCAGAAAGUUCCUGAAAAAAAUAGAAUAACCAAUCGAUUUCAGGCAGCUGGCCCAAAAAUGCAGCUUCUGGAGUUCGGACUCCGCCGAGCUCAAGGACCCAAUGGAGGUCUGACCGCCAGCAAGUACUGUUAUGUCGGCGGUAGCUUUAUUUUAUUCCAAAGCCCAGUAUUAUCUUCUUUUUCAGGUUUCGAUGGAACCAGCAACGUUCUGGCCGGAAAACUCUAUGGAAUUCCGGUGAAAGGAACCCAGGCCCACAGUUUCAUCUCCUCUUUCACCAAUGCUAAUGAUGUGAUAUAGUCCGUUUUCGUCAUUGACUUCAAAUUGUUUCAGUUGAAAUUGCGAACUCUGAAAUCAGCCGACGGUAGCCGAGAAGCCGACUUGUUCGAGUUGAGCCUGAAAAUGAAGAGCUCUAUCUUUUCUGAUGUAAGUUUUAGUUUUUCUUAUACCUUUUUGCACGGCUUUUUCGCGUAAAAGGUGUCAUUUGAUAAAGGAGGAAAGAAAAGUCGCUAGAGGUCGGGUGCAGAUUUUCGAAGAGCCCAACAGUCAAAAAAAAAAAAUAACAGGCUUCAGAAGCCAAAAUGCAGUGGGGAAGUUUGCUCCAUGGAUAAAUAUGGCGCAAAUUAAAUUUUAACUUUUCGCGAGUCUUUUUAUGAUUUUUUUUUCUUCCAAUAUUUUUUCUUGCUUGUUUUUUCAACAAUUGUAGUAUGAAAAUUCGUGAAAUGUAAAAAAUCUUGCUUUAGCGAAUAUUAUCCACAGAGCGCGUUUUCACAAGUUUUUCCGACGAACUUAGCUCGGAAAGCAGAGCCUCCAAUUUUGGGCUUGGUUUUCAGAGCCGUUUUUCCAGCAAGCUCAAAUGCUUGUGGCUCGAAUUUUCUGGGUUUUCUGAGCUGAAUUUUCGAAAAUCAAAAAUCUGAAUUUGCCUGAAAUAAACGUAUAAUCAUGUAGAAUAAUAUUCAGAACAACUGGGCCGUUUCUGCGGCCGAAAGCAGCGAAGGAGAACUUGCCGCGUUCGCCGCCUACGCGAUCGCCUUCCCUGAAGGAUUCUUGGCUCUUAUCGAUACCUAUGAUACCUUGAUGUAGGCUCUGGCAAAACUCCCUUCAACAUUCCUUUAUUAAAGGAGCGGCGCCAUUAACUUUGUGGCGGUGGCGGCGGCGUUGAACGAGAUCGGCUAUCGGGCUCUGGGAUGCCGGAUCGACAGCGGAGAUUUGUCCUACCUGUCGAAGGAAGUCCGCAACAUCUUCCAUAAAGUCGCCAACGCGUGCGUGUUUAAAAAAAUAAGCUCAAAAAUAAUAGGAAAACUUGAAAAGCCCAAAGUAAUCUGAAUCUAAUGGAAGCUUUAUACUUUAUUUUUUUAUAUAGCACUUAUAGCUUGUGCGGGUAAUUUUGAGCCACCCUGUAUCAUGGAAAAUCAAAAAAAUAGUUGCGAAUUUUCGAUUUCUCUGAUAUUCUAACGUCUAUUUUUUAAAAAAAGUUCUUUAGUUGAAGGCAAUGAAAUAAGUCUUCGUAAAAAAUAACCAAAGGAGUGGAAUUUUUUGUUUCGGUUUUUUUCUCACCCUUUUUGAUGUUUUCUGUUUCUGAGAGAUGUUUUUUCAACCGCCUUCCAAAAAUUUUUCUUAGAAUAACCUCUUUAAGUUGAUCAAUUUUGAAAAAUACCUAUGAGAACUGGAAUUUCAGUAAUCCAUCUCUGAAGUUCAUCGAAUCUUUGACAAUCGUCGCUUCCAACGACAUCAACGAGGAAACCAUUACUUCGCUGAAUGAACAAGGAGUUCGUUUUUUUUUUUUUGUGUUUUCCUCGUGUUACUCAUGUUAAUAUAUCACUUUUAACUCCUUUGUUGGCGGUUCAUUGCAAGAAAUACAGAGCAAUAUUUUUUUGAACGGCAGAAACCUUCUCACGAAAAAUUUCAAAGACAAAUAAACUUUUUAGUAUAUAAAAUUUUUCGAUUUAUAUAAGAAACUUAUCAGGAGAAAAAAACCAUUUUCGAUUUGCGUUGAGAAAUCUUUUUGCCUAAAAAAAUUGCGUUUAGUAGACUCAAAGAAGCGUGAAAUAUACCGUGAACAAAAAAAUUUCCAAAAAUUAAAUCAGCAUGAAAUCAAUUCUUUCGGAGUUGGAACACACUUGGUGACUUGCCAGAAGCAGCCGGCCCUGGGAUGCGUUUAUAAGGUAAUCUUUGCAAAUAUCUAUAAAAAAAUAUAUCUGCGCCAGUCGAAGUCCGUAAAACCAGAAGAUGUUAGGAAAAAGAAGAGACUGAAGAAAAAGUCGCUAAAGGUCGCAAUUUAGGCUCCUUAACGAGUUUCUUAUAAUUGCUAAAGUUAUGAAGACUUAAAAAAGUGGAAAAGUGUAGAGGCAACAUAAAUGAACUUUUCUAAAUUUUUUAAGAACAUUUUUAGGAAGAUUUUCAGCUUUUUUAAUGUAAUCUGAAACGCUUUGAAGCUGGUGGCGCAGUCUGGAAUUCCGAAGAUCAAACUGAGCCAAGAGGUGGCGAAAAUCUCGAUUCCGGGCCGCAAGAAGUGCUACCGGCUCUACGGACGAGCCGGAUAUGCCAUCAUCGAUUUGCUCACUUUGGAGCACGAAGAAGCCCCCAAAGCUCACACCGAAAUCUUGUGCCGACAUCCUUUCCAGGUUAUAAUUUUUUAUUUUACUCAAUGAAAAAGGGGAAGCGAUGAAUGAUUAAAAAUAGAAAAUUUAUAAGUGAUUUUUUACAAGUUGAAGCCCGAAUUUAAAGCUGGCGAAUUUUACAAAGGCACAUGAGAAGUACUAUCACAGAAUUAUAGUCAUUAAAUAGUUCCAUAGAAGCAUCAAAAUCAGGAACUCCGUUGAACUGUAUGAAAUAGAAGAACUUUUUCAACUUCAAAGUUCAUAAACUAAAAGGGCUGGCCGAUCUUAUUUUCGCUAACAACUUUCAAUUUCAGAAAAUAGCCAGGGGUAGGUCCAUAUAGAUAUGAAAUAACUACUAACUUUGUAAGAUUUUUUUUCCAGAUCAAAGAAAAACUAAUAGACGUUUUUCACGGAUUUUUUAACUGA